GCUGCCCCAGGCGCUAGGGAAAAGGGGCACGCACGCCGCAGUUGGGCUGUUCGUUAGCGGCGGUGGGAGAGAGGUUCCUGUUCGGAUCGGGCUCCUCGUAACCGCUCCGCCCGACCACCUUGGGAAGGAGGGAAACGUCAGCGGGGUAGGAUGGACAGCCGCAACGGCGAUUUCAAUAUCCUGCUGGCCACUGACUCUUACAAGGUGACUCACUACCUGCAAUAUCCACCUAAUACAAGCAAGGUAUAUUCUUACUUUGAAUGCCGUGAGAAGAGGAGGGAAGAUGUAAAAUCCAGGAAAGUGCAAUAUGAUGAGACUGUGUUCUAUGGUUUACAAUACAUACUGAAGAAAUAUUUAGCAGGCAAAGUUGUAACAAAGGAGAAAAUUCAAGAGGCCAAAGAGGUCUACAGAGAACAUUUUCAACAUGAUGUAUUUAAUGAGAGUGGUUGGAAUUAUAUUCUUGAGAAACAUGAUGGCCACCUUCCAAUAGAAAUAAAGGCCGUUCCUGAAGGAAGUGUCAUUCCUCGGGGAAAUGUUCUCUUUACCGUUGAAAAUACAGAUCCGGAAUGCUAUUGGCUAACCAACUGGGUUGAGACUAGCCUUGUUCAGACUUGGUAUCCAAUCUCUGUGGCCACGAAUUCCCGAGAGCAGAAGAAAAUUUUAGCCAAGUACCUGUUGGAGACUGCUGGUAAUUUAAACGGGCUGGAAUACAAGCUUCAUGACUUUGGUUACAGAGGGGUCUCCUCACAAGAGACAGCAGGAAUAGGGGCAUCUUCCCAUUUAGUCAACUUCAAAGGAACAGACACUGUUGCAGGAAUCACUGUCAUCAAGAAGUAUUAUGGAACAAAGGAUCCUGUGCCAGGAUUUUCAGUACCAGCAGCAGAACACAGUACAAUUACAGCAUGGGGAAAAGAUUGUGAGAAAGAUGCCUUUGAACACAUUGUGAAGAAGUUUUCCACUGUGCCAGUAUCAAUAGUCAGUGACAGUUACGACAUUUAUAAUGCUUGUGAAAAAAUUUGGGGAGAGGACUUGAGGCAUUUGAUAGAGUUACGGAGUCCUGAAGCCCCACUUAUUAUACGACCAGAUUCAGGAAAUCCACUUGAUACUGUUUUACAGGUUCUUGAAAUCCUGGGAAAGAAAUUUCCACCAACUGAGAAUUCUAAAGGGUAUAAGGUGCUUCCUCCUUUCUUGAGAAUUAUUCAAGGAGACGGUGUGGAUAUAAACACGCUGCAAGAAAUUGUACAAGGAAUGAAAGCACAUAAAUGGAGCAUUGAGAACAUUACCUUUGGAUCUGGUGGUGCUUUAUUGCAGAAAAUGACCAGAGAUCUCCUGAACUGUUCCUUCAAAUGCAGUUAUGUAGUAACCAAUGGACUUGGGGUGAAUGUUUUCAAAGAUCCAGUCAUGGAUCCAAACAAGCGAUCUAAGAAAGGACGUCUGUCUUUGCACUGUACUACUGCAGGGGCUUAUGUCACACUUGAAGAAGGUAAAGGAGAACUGGAAGAAAAUGGUCCUGAUCUUCUGCAUACAGUUUUCAAGAAUGGCAAAGUUAUCAAGAGUUACACCUUUGAUGAAGUGCGGGAAAAUGCUCAGCUGAAGAUGAGUAAAUGUGGCAAACUUCAAUAAAUCCAAAUUCAUAUCAAAUAUAUAUACAUAUGUACACAAUGAUGUCAAUUCUGUUGCGGGUUCAAUGCACAGAUGUAUAUAUCAUAAUGGUUUUAAAAUUUGACUAAGUUGAAAAGAUUUGUAAGUGUCACACAAAACAGCAAAUGAAGUCCACCCAUACCCUGAUCCUCCACUACAGUUUGCAUUUUUAACUGACGCUUGCUGUACACAAAUUUUAAGUGUUGCUUUGAACAACUGCUGCUUUGUAUUUUAAUAUAUAAAUUGUGGGGUAUAAUAAUGGUAACAAGAAACUAUGAAGAUGUGCAAAUGUUGGUCAUGUGUUUGAACUGGAUAACCUACUUCACAAAAGAAAAUGUUGGCCAAUAUUGGACGUAAUUUAAAUAUAUUUUUGUGUGUGUGUGUGUGUGCGUGUGUGUACAUACCAAACUCCUUUACAAUCUUAAGUUCUUUUUUCCUUUUAAUGGGGGUUCAAUUUUAUAUUUCCAUACUCUGUUCUGGUUUGAAAGUAGGGACAGUGUUGCUGAAUAGGAAUAAACAAUUAUGGCAGUUGUACAACUAUUUGGUAUUAUGAUGAACAAAGCCGCCUUUGCACACAAAUGUUUAGAUGUUGGGGGGGGUGGUGGGUAGUUGGUGCACUUUUUAAGAGAACUACUUGUUGGCUGGAAAAUGUAGGCUUUCUUAGAACCUGUAACACUGAGAAAAGGUGUCUCACCACACAACUACCUUUUUGAAGUUUAAUGGAACAAUCAAAAAUGAGUUUAUUCUUGAAAGACUUUGUAGUUUGUCGAGAAUAUUCAUUAAUUUGGAUGCACUUGUUGAGCGCUAGCCUUCUAUUUCACAUUUCCAAACUUGAUAGGAAGAAUACUUUUCAUUGAGAUGCUAAGCUUUUUUUUAUUUUGCCAAAUUCCUUUGUACAGUUUAAAUUGAGAACUCUCUUUCCCCCAAAAACAUUCUACACCAGUGUAACAGGUAAAUUUGGAAAUGGAUGGGAAAAUUAGAUGCAUCACGGCCACCCUAGUGGAAUGAAAUAAACCUAACUUCUCUUGCAUUGAGGGAUGAAGUAGUAAAAGUAUAAAUUUUAUAACUGACGUAUAGAUUAGGCCUUUAAAUUCCAUAUUGCACGAUGUUGUAGUUUUGUGUAGAAAAUUAAAUUCCUGGGACUGCUGUUUACAACAGAGGUCUAUUAUGUUUCCUAUCCCCCUCAUUGUUUCACAUCCCCAAGUUUCAAUGAUGCUUGUAAUGUAUUUUGAUGCUCCGUACUGUAGCAAUAUACCUAAACAGUAAAACAGAUGGCUAGACUAUGCAAUAAGAUUUUUAAAAAAUUUUUUGUUGAAUGUGGGAAGUGAACAUAUUGGUUCCAUAUAUCAAUGCUGAAAUAGCUUCAGCAUACUUCUUCUAAGGACACGAUUCUGAAAAUAAGCCAUUUCUGGAUAUCAUGAAUUCUGCUCCCCCCCCCCCCCCCCCCCACCACCACCGCCACUGGAAACUGUGACACAGGAAGAUUAUUAGUAUUACUAUGAUACAAAUUACAGACCCAAUGACUUAAUCUUAAAUGGCUUGUUAAAUUUGAAUGUGUUGUUAAUAUUUUCUCCUUGUAAUAUUAACAAAGUAAGUCUGGGAUCAUCAAUUAGUAAGGGGAGCAAGUGUGAAGAAUAUUUUCCAGAUGUUCAGAAACAACAGGGGCAGGGUUCACUUAAGUGGUGGAGAAAGCAAAAUGACAGGUACUCUGAAACAUUUUUAUAUGGAAAAGCUAGGUUUGUUCAAUACUAAACCCACUAUUUAAAAUGUUUUUCAUGCCUUGCAGGACCAGUUUCUAUUUCCAAACUGGACUUUUUUUUUUACAUUUGAGACACCAGUGGUUCAGCUUGGAAUACUCCAGAUUGAAAAAUGUUAUUGUUUGCUCUCUCUACAUACAAAUCAUUAAUGUAUAAAGUAAAGUGAACUUAGAGUUGACACUUGGAGAUAAAUUAUUGCCAUUAAGUAACAUUGAAGAAUGAGUUCAGUCUGUCAGUGGUUUGGUUUCAUGUUUUGGUGAAUGAAUUUCAAAGUUAGGGAUUUUGAAAAGCCAUGCAAAUAUUCAUGAUUCAGCUAAAUCCACAAAUUGAAUAACUAUUGGGUGAAGCUGUCAAGGAAUUGAAGUGGAUGUCAGUUAUGAUCAUGAAUAAAACAUCCAACGUAGCAACCAAAUAUUUAAUUAAUGUCUUAUUUCAGAUUCUUCCAUGGGCCCAAAAGCCUGAAGAGUUGUAGCCCUACUGAUGCAAGCCUUGCUAUUUUUAAUUGCAUUAGCUAUCAGAUGCUGAUCACAUUUUAAGUGAGUUAAUCAACAAAGUAACAUACUAUCACCUCAUUGAGGAAUAUUUUUUACUGGGGGUGGUUUGUAAUGGUAGUUAUUAGUAUUUGUUGAAUUAAAGCUUUUGGUUGGAAUGUUACUGAAUACUUCCUUACCUAUCCUUUAGUAAUUUUUGUAGACUUCUAUGACCACCUGUUUUCCACGUUUUUGAAUUUUGGUUGGGAUAUUGGUUGCAACAAUAAAAUCCUGUUGAGCAUUUGUCCUUCCAUUAGUGUAUAACAACUGCUGUACAAUUCCCUAGCGUCUUACUCCAUACCGAAAUUUGGCGUGGUUAGUUUGUUCUGUAUGAGCUCCUUUUUUUUUAAAGAGAGCUCUUUAAUUUCCUACAUAUUCUGUGGUGUAUAUUAUGUCUGAGGAGUUUCAAAUAAAUUUAUAUGGUUUUCUGUAAAAACAUGUAUGCUUUCUGCUUUUAGAUCAAACAGCUAAUGUUACUUCAUCUGUAAUUUGUGUGCAGUUGUGUAUUGCUGAAGAAUUUGAGGAUUUUUGAUUAAGCCUAUAAAUUCUGUUAGUUCCUUUAAUGUCUAUCUGGACAUUAUUAUUGUUUAAAACCACUUUGACUCCUCUUGUCGCUGUCAGUACCACCCCAACUGUAACAUGUCGGUGUGGGCAGUAUGUUCUGUAAAUAUCAUCUAAAAUUAUCUGUGUUAAUUCAGGUAAAAUGCAGUUGGAAAAAAUAUAUUUUUGAUAGCAGAAACAUUAAAUGUAUUUUGAUCAAGCUUAAUGAUUUGGAUUGUUAAGGUUGCAUUUGCCAUUCACAACAUUUGCAAACUUUACAGGCAUCUUGUUGACUGGGGCUUUAUUUACAGGGGAUGUGGUGUGAUCAGGGCAAGCAUGAACAUGUCUCAACAGAAUGUUCAACAUACAACAAAAUCAUGGAACAUAAGAUCAGCUUGAGAAAUGAAACAAAAUGUAAAAUUGAAGAAAUCUGCAAUCAUGUUCUGAAGAUCUAGUACUUCAGGCUUGUAAAGUUUAAAUUUUCAGCAAGUUGGUUAGUAAGUAAAGCACCAGCUUCCAAUGUUUUCUAGUGUUAAAUGGGUAGUGAUGUCAUAUAUGCACAGGAUUUUAGAGUCUCUUAGCAAGAGGCAAGUGUGGCAAAGCUUAACAAGACUGAGUAGUAGCAGAAGUAGGCCAUUUUGGCUUGUUGAGUCUGCUGUUCCAUUCAGUAAGAUCAUGGCUACUCUGUUAAUCCGCAACUUCACUUUCCUCCUUUUUACCCAUGUCCUUUAAUUCACUUACCAGUUUUAAAUCUGUGGCAGUCUUGAAUAUUUAUAAUGACCUAACCUUGAUAGAACUUUGUGGUGAGGAAUAACACAAACAUAACAGCAGUCAGAGAAAAUGCAUAAGCCCUUAGUGAGUUUGUAACCUGAUCCUAGACACACUUACAAUACAGAAACAACUUCUCUACAUCCACCCUGUCAAACCUCCUAAAAAAUCUUGCGUUUCCGUAAGGUUUCCCCUCAUUCUUGUAUAUUCAAAUGAGUAAAAAUCCAGCCUACUCAAACUCUCCUCAAAAUUCUUACAUAGCUUUGAUCAACCUUGUGAGCUUCUCUGGACUGUCUGCCAGUAUAAGUUCCCUUCAAUAAGGGGACCAGAACAGUUUGCGGUCUUCUGUUGUGAUGUGACUAGUGGCUUGGACAGUUUUGCCAAGACUUUUUUUUUAUUUUUAUAUGCCAUUGCCUUUGAAAUAAAUCACAUUUUAUUGUCUUCCCUUUGUGAUUCAUGAAGGAGGACCCCAAAAUCCUUUGCUGUAAUUUUCUGCAGUAUUUCCUCUGCUCUUCUAUUUCAUUUUAAAGUGCAUAAUUUCCCACAUUAUAUUCCAUCUACUGACUUGUUUGCCCACUUAUUUAACCUGACUGUCUGUCUCCCUCUGGACUUUCCCAGUUGCUUUCCUAUCUGUUUGAGUCAUCUCUAAAUCAUUAAUCCUGUAAGUAAUUAUGGCAGCAGCACUUAAAUCUGUAGCCCUUCUUGUUACAGAUUGCCAUCCUGAAAAUACUUACCCUGAUUUCAUUUUCUAUUAGUUAGCUAAUUCUCUUUCCACUCACAUUUACCCCUUACUCCCCACAACCCAAACACACUCUACUUGCAUGUUAAAUCUUCUUGUGUAAAGGUAUUGCACACAUUUGGAAAUACAAAUACUUGAUGUACUUGUUUCCCUUGAUCUGACCACGUAGCCUUUUUCAAAGAGCUGUAACAAAUUUGUCAGGUGUGAUUUUCCCCUUUGAUACUGCUGACUCUGCUGGAUUGUAUUUUCUAUUUCUAAAUGCUCUGCUAUUUUAGUCAUUUAAAUAGAUAGAUAUGUUCACCAAAAUGUUCAGUUUUAUUUAAUCUCCUAUUUUGUAUAAGUGUAUUACAAUCUCAGUUUUUCAAUCUUCUAGGGUUUUUCCAGAAUCUUGGAAUUUCUUAGCUUACUGCCAGUGUAUCAUUCUUCAGUUACCUCUUUAAAAUCUGAUAUGUAACUUUCAGGAACAGGGGUCUUGCUGGCCUUUUAGCCAUAUCAAUUGCUUCCAGUACCUUUUUUUUCCCUCCAGUGGUUUUAUUUACUCUUUUUUUUAUAUACCUAGCCCCUGCCAACCGACCUAAAUUUCAUCCCUUGAUUAUAUUGGAAUAUAUUCAAUAUAGUGGAAAUUCCGUCAGUGUAUUCUACCAUGUGACCAAUGCAAAGUAUUUAUUCAAUUUUUUGCUAUUUCCUGGUUCCCUGUUUAUAUCCCCAGAUAUAUUAUUCAAGAGACUAAUAAUCACAUUGUUAUUCUGGGAUAGUAGGACAUGGCCAUCCUGGCCCUCCUGCAGUGCCACAACGAUGCCACCCAAAGAUUGCAGGAACAGCAAUUCCUAAGCGGAAUAUGAACCCUGCAGCCCAAUGGUAUCAAUGUGGAUUUCACAAGCUUCAAAAUCUCCCCUCCCCUACCGCAUCCCAAAACCAGCCCAGCUUGUCCCUGCCUCCCUAACCUGUCUGUCCUUCCCAUCUAUCUUCCCCCGCCCCACCUCAAGCCCCACCCUCAUCUCCUACCUACUAGCCUCAUUUCCCCACCCCUUGACCUGCCUGUUCUCCCUGGGCUGACCUAUUCUUCUCUUCCCCCCCCCCCCCAACUCCCUACCUAUACUCACCUUUUAUUGGCUCCUACCCCACCUCUUUGACUGGUCUGUCACCCCUCCACCUACCUUCUCCUCUGUCCAUCUUCGAUCUGCCUCCCCCCUCCCCCAUUUAUUUCAGAAUCCCCUUCCCCCUCCCCCACUUCUGAAGAGUCGAGGCCAGAAACGUCAGCUGUCCUGCUCCUCUGCUGCUUGGCCUACUGUGUUCAUCCAGCUCUGCACCUUGUUAUCUCAUUGUUAUUCUGUUCCUUUGAAAUAUGUUUUUUUUUGUUUUUACAAUAAUUACUAGUUUGUCCUUGUGUUUUUUUGUUUUGGUCUUAUUUUCUUUGGGUUUUAUGUCAUUCUCCAUCUUCAUUUACCAUUAAUCUUUUGCCACAUUAGAAAAAAAAUUGUGAUAAUUGGCCAUGCUAAAUUGCUCAUAGUGUUCAGGGGUGUGUAGGUUAUAGGAGGAUGGGUCUGGGUGGGAUGCAUCAAGGGGCGGUGUGAACUUGUUGGGCUGAAGGGCCUGUUUCCAUGCUGUAGGGAAUCUAAUCUUAAACAACUAUCCUUAUGCUAUGGAAGACACUGUCAAAGGUUUGCUGUUUAGGGAAAUUCAUCGACAUCCUUUUGCUGUCUGGUCACAUGCUUUAAGCUCAAACAGGGAUGUGUCAUUGCUCUCACCUUUUUCUCCAUUAUCGUCGUCACUGUUCUUCAUUUUAGCAAGAACAAAUUUGCCAGUGGUCUGGGAAUUGUCUACAGGAUGCAUGGCAAAGCUAGGUUUAUUUAAUACUAAACCCACUCUUUUAAACUGUUUUUCAUGUCUUGCAUGACCAGUUUGUUUCCAAACUUGAAUUUCAACCAAGAAUAAAAUUAUACUGACCUUUGCUUGUGAAACUUCAGUUUGUGGAUGGAAGUCCUUUCUCUUCUCUUGGAAGAGAUUCUUCAAGCCUCUGAAUGCUUUUUGCAGUAGUUAGUCUUAGUCUUAGCCUUAGCCUCAACCUGAAGACAAUUCAGAUCCUUUACAAAUCUAUCCCAGGCUCUAGUCCAUAAUACCUGCAUUUAAGAUUAGUGGAGAAAUCCUUCAAAACAUGAAACAUUUCCCUUAACUAGGAAGCUAUCUCUCAAAGGCUAAACAUCGCAUACAAUCUGAACAUCUUCAGAAACCUAAGGAUGAGCUUGGUGGACAAUCAGGCUCACUCGUGAGAGGGAAUGAUGACAAUAAUUCUUAAGUUCCUCUCUCAACUGUAACUAUGCUCGUAUCUUCAUUCUUCACUGAGAUAUUUCUUUACUAUCAAUCAUGAGCUAUUUUCUUAAGGCCCUUUUUUUGUUUCUCAUUUUUCUGCUGAACUCCCCUUCCAUCCAUUCAUCCGCCCUCAUCCCUAUGUAAUUGCCCUUACUUAAAUUUUGGGUUUUUUUCUGACCCAUAUUUCCCAGUCUCAAAUUGAUAAGUUCUACCAUGUUGAGGUGUCUCUUUUCCCAGGAUACCUUUCAUGUUCUGAGAACAUUUAUGAAACCUACCUAAAGUAUACAUUACCAGAUCCAAAAUAACCUGAUACCUCAUUAUUAUUGAACUGUCCCAAAUGCACUCUUCCUCAUAGUUACCUCUACCUAUUUGAUUUAGCAAUAUGAAGAUUAAUGUCACCUGUGAUUAAAGCCCCUGUGCUAUCCCCUUGUUAUCUUCUGAUUUAUUCUCAAUCCUGCAGAAAAGCUACUGUUUAGGGACCUAUAGACUAUUCCUAUCAGUGUCUUUUAUUUUAUUUCUUACCUUUUUUUUUAUUCAUGUAAUUCUACGUCAUUUGAUCCAAAUCAUUUCUUGCUAUUACAUUUCUUCCCUCUUGUACUAGUAAAGCUUCCCCACUACCCUGUCUAUCUGCUGUCUUUCACCCCUGAACUGUUAAUUCUGAGCUUUGAUCUCCUUUGUAGCUGUGUCUCCACAACAGCUAUAAGAUUGUACCCAUUAAUUCACUUGCUUCAAAAAGCUUUGUACAUUAAAGUCCAGAAAUAUUAAUUUUACCUUCCCUGUACCCCCAUCCCACCACCACCCCACAUUUGACCAUAUUUGCUGCUGUUUGUGUUUCUGUCCCUUCGUGUUCCAGUGUGGCUAAUUAUCAAAAACUUUGCUGUGAGAUGCUCCCAUAUCUCUUUGCUUUAUAAGUAUACAUAUCACCAUCAAAAUCCAACUCCACACAUCAACCUUCCCUCAAUUCUAAUUUAAAGCCCUCAAGAGAGCAGGGCAGUCUCACCUAACUACAUAUGUGGGUAGUCGAAGUUGCUGUCAGAUUUACCCAAUAAUAAUGACUUAAGUUAUUAAUAUGAAAGCUGGUCCAAUGCAAUGUAAAAGAUUUAAUGACAAUGUUUUUCUUGAAGUUGUUUCAAUUGUGAACAAUCAAUUUUCUUAGUUUAAAAAGGCAAGAAUAGAUAUCUUAUUUGUAUGCAAAUUAAUUAACUUGCUUGGAGAAAUGCAUUUGUACAUGGUAUAUGAGCAGACACUACCCCUGAUGUAAGUGCCUCACUUUGGUUUAUAGCAGACAUUAAACUUAUUUGAAGAGUGGUGUCAGAA